UAUAUAAUGAGCCUCUAAGUGCAAAUACAUGAAUUAAUUUCUUAUCUCAAUAAUCAAUCAAGCAUUUUGAAUUAUAGAUAAAAUGAAUAAGUGAAAACUGAACAUGUAACCUAUUUACCGACUGGAGAAGUUAUUAUUGCAUCUACUAUGUAUACAAUUUAUUAUAUUAUUAGUAACCCUUAAAAAUAAUUGACAAUAAGAUAAUCACCAAUAUUUGGAAAAUUAGGAGUAGCAUAUUAUUAUUAUUAUUUUUCUAGAUUACAUCUAUAAAUGAUGAUUUAAGUCUUUAAAAUGAAUUAUUAAAACAUUAAUAGAAUGUGAUUCAUAUUUGUAACGAUUCAAGAAUACUUGGUUAAGGAUUCUAUGCUUAUGGAUAAAGUAAUGGAAGAAUAUUUAAUUAAUUGGCUCUUUAAAGUUUAGCUAUCAAUGAAAGAAGACUUAUUUUUAAAGAGAUUAUUAGUUUUUUAUGUCGUAUCCAUAAUUUAGGUUAAAAAGAAAAAGUUUUCAAUUAUUAAGCAAUAAUUGAAAGUUUAAGAAUCUAAUACAAAACACAUGAAACAAGAAUUCAAACAAAUAUUGAAGAUUUACUUUAUUGGUUACCUAUGAAUGUUCCAGAAUUGACAAUAUAAGAAUCUCUUUGUUUAGGUAAUGUAGAACUAAAUAAUUUUAUUUUUGAUUAAUAAGAAAUUAAACUAAUAAAUGUAUAAAAUUGGAAUUCUGUUAAUAUUGGAAAUCCCUUUUUAGAAUUAAGUAAAUUCUUAUCUAAUUAUGAUAUCCCAUAUGAAAAAUAAGUUACAGAUUAUGGAUUAUAAAAGAUUGAUCAUUUAUUAGGAUUACCUAGCAAACCAGAACUUAUUAAUUAAUAUUGUAUUGAAAGAAAUUUAGAUACAAUUAAAUAUCUGAAUUAUAACACAAUUAUUGUUUUGUUAUAAAAAGCUAUCUUCAAAUAAUAAUGUAUAAAAACAAAAGUAGAUCCUGAGAAAAGCAAUUUAUUCUAAUAAGAAUUAGAAAUCAUUUCAAGAUCUGCUUGGAAUAUGGUUUUAGAAUUAACAAAUGAUGAUCCAUUCUAAAUUAAAUUAAGAGCUGAAACUGAUUAAUUAUAAUGGGCUAAAUAUCCUGUCAGUUAAAGAUGCAAAAGUUAUUAUUAUAGAAUAAGGGAUUUUAUGAGAGAUGAAGUAUUCCCUAUGGAAAAAUCUUAAUUUGAUAUUGUUUAUUCUUUUAAUAAAGAUAAUCAUUGGAAAGCAUUACCAGGCAUUGAACAUUUAUAAAGAAGAGCCAAAUCUAUGGGAUUAUGGAAUCUUUUUAUAAGUGAUCCUAUCUAUGGAAAAGGAUUAACUAAUUUAGAAUAUACAUUCUUAUCAGAAUUAAUGGGAACAGCAUUCUUUGGUCAUGAAAUAUUUAAUUGUUAUGCACCAGAAACUGGAAAUAUUAAAUUAUUGAUUAUGGCAGCUACUGAUUAUUAAAAAGAAAAGUAUCUAAAACCACUUUUAGAAGGAGAAUGUAAAACAUUUUUUGCUAUGUCUGAAAGAAAUGUAGCAUCAUCUGAUCCAACUAAUUUUGAGACUAUUAUUACAAAAUAAGGAGAUGGAUAUGUUAUUAAAGGUAGUAAAUGGAUGGUUUCAGGUAUUUAAGAUGAAAGAUGUAAAUUUGGAAUUGUUAUGGGUAAAACAACAGUCAAUCCUAAAUCACCUUUCACAGAAUAAACAAUGUUUUUAGUUGAUACUCCUCAUCCAAAUAUUAAACUUAAAAAUCCAUUGAGUGUAUUUGGAUAUGAUGAAGCACCACAUGGACUAAUAGAAGUAGAAUUCGAUAAUGUUUAUGUUCCUAAAGAAAAUAUGUUAGGUAAAGAAGGAACUGCAUUUGCUAUGUCAUAAGGAAGACUUUUAGGAGGAAGAUUACAUCAUAGUGUUAGAUUAUUAGGGUUAAUUCGUAGAAGUAUGGAUGUAUUAUUGGAAAGAGGAUAGAGAAGAGUUCAUAGAGGUAAAAAAUAAAAAGAGGACACAGCAUUUUAAGAGAAAAUUGGAAGAAUGGAAUGUGAUUAUUAAAUAUGCAAGACUAUGAUUUUAAAUGCCGCCAUGGUAUUAGACUCUUUAGGUGGAAGACAUAUGCAAUCACUUAAAACUGUAAGUGAAACUAAAGCAUUUGUACCAUAUAAAUGUUAAUGUAUUGUUGAUGAAUGCAUUUAAUUAUUUGGAGCAUAAGCUAUCACUACAGAUUAUAUUUUGUAAAUUGCUUUUUAGGCAUGCAGAGGACUUCGAUUAAUGGAUGGUCCUUGUGAAUUGCAUAAGAAGCAAGUUGCUAGAUUCACUUAAGGAAGUCAUUUGUUCAAUGAGUUAGUUAAUGUAGAUGGAUACAUAGCAAAUCUCUGACUCAGAUUGAAUGAUUUAAGUACAUAACA